AUGGCUCCUAUUGCGAAUAACGGCCCUCCACCGUCAUCGGAAACCCUCACUUAUGAUUAUCGGAAUUCGAUGCGAGGAUGGGAUAUCGUCACUCAAGUGGUGUGUCUGGUUAUCGGCACGAUUUGUGUCGCGCUGCGGAUGUGUUCGAAGCUGUUUAUUGUACGGAAACCAGGAUGGGAGGACUUGUCUUGUUUUUUGGCCUGGCUCGGCCUCAUCGGUUACGGAGUAAUCUGCUUCGAAGCGGACAAGCACGGUAGUGGUAUCCAUCAAUGGCUGGUAGCCGAGAUUGACGCCAGAAGUUUUUCCAAAAUAGCAAACAUCGCGCAAAUAGCCUACGGCCCCCUGAUCUUCAUCACUAAACUCUCCAUCCUCCUCCUCUACAUCCGCCUCUUCACAACCCCCGUCAAGAAAACAACAACAUACAUGAUCAUCCAGCUCCUCAUCUGGUUCAAUUUCUUCUUCUACCUCGCAGACACCAUCGUUAAGAUUUUUGAGUGCACGCCGCGGCAUAAGAUCUGGGAGAAAACUACACAGGGGUCGUGUAUCAACAUCAACAUUCCGAUUCUAGUGACCUCGGCCAUCAAUGUGGCGUCGGAUUUUAUGAUUCUGUUGCUACCGAUUGCAUGCGUGUGGAAUGUGAAGCAGAUGAAUCGGACGAGGAAGCUGGGAGUGUCGGCCAUUUUUGCAGCUGGUUCAUUUGGCUGCUGCUCCAGCGUCGUGCGACUAGUCUUCAGCGUCAAAAACAGCAAUACCGCUGACAAAACUCAUGACUGGUUCCCCGAGUUUCUUUGGACAACAGCAGAAGUCACCUGCGGCAUCAUCGCCAGCUGCCUCCCUGCCCUACCAGCCUGCUUCCGCUACUUCUUUCAAAAAGCUGCAACCCAACUCUCCUGCUUCAGCGAAGCGAGCGCCGGCAGUUCGAGAAGAAGACACCACAACAAUGCUAAUAUCAGCCCCAGUCAGCAAGAACAGCAGAAUAAAAAGCCGCCGCGCGGCUGGAUGGCAACGGAAGACAGCGAGGUUCUCAAGUACAGUACCUGGGAAUUAGAAGGGAAUUACAGCAACCAUGAUGAUAGCAACAACAAUUCGAAAAACGGCAGUAACACCAACACCACCAAGAGCAACAGCAACGCAAAUACGAAUAGCAACACAAACACCAACAAUACAAACACAAAUACCAGCAGCAAUAACACCACCGAACUCCGAAGCCCCGCAGAAAGCCAGAGUCAGAUCUUCCAGGGCGCUUCCUACUCAACAGCAGAAGCGAAAGCAGAUGCAACGCCUCUAGCGUCGACGGGGGCAUCGCCCGAUGCAUCGUGUGUGGAUAUUGAAAAGACGUAUCCGUCGCAGGGGAUUUUGAGGACUAUUGAGGUGGAUGUUGAGUCUGCGCCGGGGAAGGGGCAGGGGCAGGGACAGGGACAGGGCCAGAAGUGA